AACAUUUUACCACAUCACAGAGCACAAAUCAGAAACUUAAAAGAUGGUAUGAGCAUCGUUGGUUAUUGUUGUAAGUCAGACUUGGGCAAACAAGGCAACGUCAUAAAUUUGUUACAGCGCAUGGUCGACAAUCACUACCAGCGCUCGCUUGUUGAUAAGGUGUUUGUGUCCCCAUGUAGUAAUGCAAGUUCUCUUUUCUCUGAAAGGGACUUGUCAGAUCAGUAUGAAGUGUUUGAUCAGUUAAAAAGCGUUUAUGGUAGUACAAAGGACAUGCUGAACUAUAUUGCAAACAACGAUGAUAUCUGUAUUGUUUCUUUCGACUUUGCUGGACCCUCAACCAACGUUUCUGAUUUAAAGGAGUUUGUCAGGUAA